GAGCCACAGACACUCUCUUGUUCCCUCAGCUGAGUGGAAACGGACGAUCCUGCAGUUUGAGAGCCAAACUGGAACUCCUUCCAUCUGUGUCCCAGGACAUAUAGGAAUUUGGAUGGACGCCACAGGAAGGUUUCACAGAGCACUUAAUCAAGUGCUCCGGGGCUUAAGUUUCAGGAAAGCUCUCUUGGAUCCAAGAUAAAGGCGGGGUGUAAAAUUGAAAACAAGAGUUGCCUGAGUCAGAGAGGUCCUCUGAUUUCCUCUGCGCUCCAGACGGCACCUCUCCCAGCUUAAACAGCUUGGUGCCAUGGCUCUGGAGCAGAACCAGUCAGUGGAAUACUAUUAUGAGGAGAACGAGAUGAACUACACUCAUGACUACAGCCAGUACGAAGUGAUCUGCAUAAAAGAAGAGGUCAGGCAGUUCGCAAAAGUCUUCCUGCCUGCCUUCUUCGCCGUAGCCUUUGUCACUGGGCUUGCAGGAAACUCCAUAGUUGUGGCGAUUUACGCCUAUUACAAGAAACAGAGGACCAAGACUGAUGUGUACAUUCUGAACCUGGCUGUAGCGGACUUGUUGCUUCUGGUCACGCUGCCUUUCUGGGCAGUUAAUGCAGUUCAUGGGUGGAUUCUAGGCAAAAUUAUGUGCAAAGUAACUUCAGCCCUGUACACAGUAAACUUUGUCUCUGGGAUGCAGUUCCUGGCUUGUAUCAGUAUUGACAGAUACUGGGCCAUCACGAAGGCCCCCAGCCAAUCAGGGGCGGGGAGACCCUGCUGGAUCAUCUGUUGCUGUGUGUGGAUGGCCGCCAUCUUGCUAAGCAUACCCCAGCUGGUUUUUUACACAGUGAAUCAGAAUGCUAGGUGCACUCCCGUCUUUCCCCACCAUCUGGGAACUUCCCUGAAAGCAUCCAUUCAGAUGCUGGAAAUCUGCAUCGGCUUCGUGGUUCCCUUUCUCAUCAUGAGCGUGUGCUAUGCCAUUACUGCCAGGGCGCUCAUCAAGAUGCCCAACGUUAAAAAGUCUCGACCCCUCAGGGUUCUGCUCACAGUGGUUGUUGUUUUCAUUGUCACCCAGCUGCCCUAUAAUGUUGUCAAGUUCUGCCAAGCCAUAGAUGCCAUCUACCUGCUGAUCACUAACUGCAACAUGAGCAAGCGCAUGGACGUCGCCAUCCAAGUCACGGAGAGCAUCGCACUCUUCCACAGCUGCCUCAACCCCAUCCUGUAUGUCUUCAUGGGGGCCUCUUUCAAAAACUAUAUCAUGAAAGUGGCCAAGAAAUAUGGAUCCUGGAGAAGACAGAGACAGAACGUGGAGGAAAUUCCUUUUGACUCUGAGGGUCCUACAGAGCCAACCAGUUCUUUUACCAUUUAAAUAUAAAACUGUUCUCCUCUGCCUCUGCUUUUUGCUUGGAUACAUACACACACACACACACACACACACACACACACGCAUGCACACGCACGCACAUAGGAGUGAUGGUUUUUCCUCAAAUAAAGUAUUUGUGCUACACUGAGACUCAAUCAUCAAACGCCAAACACUUGUUGCAAUGUGUAACAAAGAGGGAGUAAGGGGUGGGGGUGGGGUAAGGAAGACAGACGCCAGAGAGUAAACAAUUGGGCAAAGUGUGGAAACUAAAGCUAAUGACAGGAGAACAGCUGGGCAAAAGAGAGAAAAGCAUUGUGCUAUAAAAGAGGAAAUCUUUGUGUGUGAGUGUGUGCGUGUGUGUGUGUGUGGGGGGGUGUUUUGCAUCUUCACUGCAGUGGUGGUUAUUCAAAUCUGAUAGCAACUGUAAUAAUGUAAUAUAAAACACUGGGUAAUGAGCACCCAGGACCAUCCUGUACUAUCUUUGUAACUUCCUGUGAGUAAACAACUUCAAAAUAAAAAGUUCAAAGAAAGAAA